AAUAGAAUACCAUAAUUUCUUUAAUUGAUCACCGUAUAUAUUUUAGUAAAAAAAAAGGAAUUUGAAAUUUUUCUUUGAAAGUGUAUAUGGACGAGUCAUCACACACUUCGAGACUAGAUCUAAAACAUAUUAAUCUUUAUUGCUUUAUCUUUGAAGACUGGACUUAAUUCCAUCUAUGGAGUUUGCAUCUUCUUCUUUAUCAUCAUCAUCUUCAUCCUUCUUAACAUCAGAACCCCAUUUCAUACACGAUGUGUUCAUCAACUUUGGUGGAGAAGACAUCGGUAGAAGGUUUGUUUCUCAUCUCCAUUCUGUCCUUUUACAAUCUCAAGUCAAAACUUUUAUUAGCCAGGAGAAUCUGCAUGAGGGAAUGAAGCUGGAAGAGCAGAUGCGAGCAAUAAGACACACUAAGAUUACAAUUAUCGUUCUCUCCAAAUCAUACACUGAAUCUCCUUGCUGUCUUCUUGUGCUUGAAAAAAUCAUUGAAUGCCACGAAACAUUUGGCCAAAUAGUUCUGCCCGUAUUUUACGAGAUUGACCCAUUGGAUGUACGUCAUCAGAAGGAUGAUUUUGGAAAAGCGUUGGAAGACACUGCACGCAGAAGCUAUUCAGGAGAACAACUGCAACAUGCGCCGUCCAGGUGGAGCAGUGCACUCAAUAGAGUUGCAGGUAUGACUGGUUGGGAUGACACAGAUUUUAGGCAUGAUGCAGAACUUGUAGAGCGAAUUGUUAGCCGCGUUAAGACAUUACUGGACUAUAAAGACUUGUUUAUUACCGAAUAUCCUGUUGGAUUAGAGUCCCGCGUGAAAGACGUGAUUAAAUGUAUUAAAAAUCAAUCCACCAAAGUGUAUAUGAUAGGAAUAUUGGGAAUGAGAGGGUCGGGUAAAACAACCAUAGCCAAAGCCAUCUACAAUCGAAUUUAUCGUGAAUUCAUUGCUAAGAGUUUUAUUGAGAAUAUUACUUAUGCUUGGCAUGCAGAAAAUAAAGAUGAAAGGUAUGUUGCUUUGCAAGAAAAACUUCUUUCUGAUUUCCUAAAAUUCAAGUUGGAGGUAAAACGCGUUGGGAUGAGAAGAACUAUGAUCGAGAAUAGUUUUUCUCGAAAAAAGUUGCUCAUUGUGCUUGAUGACGUGAAUCAAAUUGGCCAAUUAGAAAACCUAUGGGGGAGUCUUCGACGGUUCGGUCAAGGAACUGUGAUAAUCAUUACAACUAGAAAUGCUAGCCUGCUGAACCGACUCAAAGUUAAUUAUGCUUAUGAAACGCAUCGUUUGAACGAAAAUGAGUCACUUGAGCUUUUUAGUUGGCGUGCCUUUAGAGAAGCAAAACCAAGAAACAAAUGGAGUUUACUCGCAAGAAACGUCGUUGUUUGUUGUGGAGGACUACCGCUAGCUCUUCAGUUCCUUGGUUCCUGUUUAUGUGAUAGGACAAUAGAAGUGUGGGAAAGUGUAUUGUUGAAACUACAAAGAAUUCCCCCGAAUGAACAACUUCUGAACUUAUUAAAAAUAAGUUUUGAUAAUUUACCUGAUACGGAAAAGGAUAUAUUUCUGGAUGUAUGUUGUUUCUUUAUUGGCAAAGAAAGAGACUAUGUGACAGAGAUAUUAAAUGGCUGUGGACUACAUGCUGAUAUUGGAAUAACAUUUCUCAUAGAGCGUGGCCUCAUAAAAGUUGAAAGGAACAACAAAUUUCAAAUCCAUCCUUUGUUACAAGCCAUGGGAAGAGGAAUUAUUUUUCAAGAAUGCCCAGAGGAACCGGGGGAAAGGAGUCGAUUGUGGUCGCAGGACGUAAAAUAUGUACUGAAAGAGAAUACUGGGACAGAAGCUAUCGAGGGAUUGUCCCUGAAACUGCAUUCAACAACUAGAGCUUGCUUCAAAGCUCAUGCUUUUAAGAAAAUGAAGAGACUGAGACUGCUACGACUUUAUAAUGUGCAACUUACUGGAGAUUAUGGGAACAUUUCUGAACAACUGAGAUGGAUUUGUUGGCGAGGGUUUCCAUAUAAACACAUUCCAAGCAACUUUCAAUUGCAAAAUGUAAUUGCAAUGGAUUUAAAGUAUAGUCAUCUUCAACUCCUCUGGAAACAACCACUCUGGAAGCAACCCCAGGUUUUAGAGCGGUUAAAAUUCCUUAAUAUCAGUCACUCCAAAUACUUGAAAGAAACACCAGACUUUUCGAGACUACCAAGUCUUGAACAGCUCAUUCUAAAAGAUUGUCCAAGUUUGCUCAAGGUACACCAAUCCAUUGGUGAUCUCUCCAAUAUACUAUUGAUAAAUUUGAAGGAUUGCACAAGUCUAAGAUAUCUCCCAAGAGAGAUAUAUAAGUUGACAUCUUUAAAAACUCUCAUCCUAUCUGGUUGUUCGAAGCUUGGCUCUAUAGAUAUAACACAGGUGAAAUCCUUGGUAACUAUAAUUACUUAAAACACAACUGUGAAACAAGCGCCCUUUGAUGAAUUGUAAAGCUAAAAGAAUAUCAGAUAUAAAUCCCAACGUGAAUUUGAAGGAUUUUUGGUAAAUAUUUGUUGUUAGACUAGUAGCAUUCAUUUGUUGUUUGACUAAACUUUAGG